AUGAACCCGGCUUCCGUGACGCUGGCUAGCGCCCUGCAGGUCAAGGGUGAAGCUCUGUCAGAGGAGGAAAUCUGGUCCCUCUUGUCUCUGGCAGCUGAGCACCUCCUGGAAGACCUCCGGAAGGGUUCUUCAGACUAUGUGGUCUGCCCCUGCUCAACCUUGCUUUCUGCGUCUGGAAGUCUUUCUUUCCAAAGCCAUAUUUCUCACAUAGAGGCUGCUCUUUUCAAAGCCCCUGAACUGCUACAGCAACAGAAUGAUGAUGAGCAGCCUGAUGCAUCUCAGGCACACGUCUAUUCUUUAGGAACAACCCUCUACUGGUCAGCAGGGUUUCACGUUCCACCAAAUCAGUCACUGCAGCUCCUGGAGCCCUUGCACUCUGUUCUGCUGACCAUGUGCGAAGACCAGCCUCACAGGCGGCUGCCACUGCAGUCAGUCCUGGAAGCGUGUCAGGUUCAUCGAGAAGUGGCCGUAUACCCAGCCUCUGCCAAUCUCCACAUCAAACGGCUGGUUGGCUUGGUUCUGGGCACCAUCUCUGAGGUGGAGAGGAGACUUAUGGAUGAAAGCUCCUCUGUACAGCAGGAUAGAAGUUACUUUCUCAGGAAUAGGCUACAUCAGGCAUGCUGUGAGAGCCCAGUGGCACGAGCUCUGGAGCAUCCGCAUCCUUGUGGAGUUUCAGAAAGAAGCACAGAGACUCAGAGUUCCCUGGAGCCUGGUCCAAGCACCUCAGCACUCGGUCAUUGUAACUUCUCUGUUAAUAGUGCUCUUCCAGCUGAAGCUCCCCAGGACCUUCAGGAAGGCAGGCGGCCCAGCUCCGGAUCCACUCUCUCCAUGGCAGUACAAAACUCACAGCCAACAACUCCUUCUCAAAAGCGUUUCCUGCAAAGAAAGGGAAAGUUUUCCAGGCCGGAGUUCAUCCUGCUAGCUGGAGAAGCCCCUGUGACUCUGCAUCUGCCUGGAUCAAUUGUGACCAAAAAAGGGAAAUCCUGUUUGACUCUCAGAGACCUCUGUGUGAUACUGCUGAGUGGGCAGUGUCUGGAGGUGAAAUGUGACAUCACGUCUACAGUGGGGGCUGUCUUCAAUGCUGUCAUGUCCUUCACCAACCUUGGGGAGCUCACCUACUUUGGCUUGGCUUAUCUGAAAGGCAAAGAGUUCUUUUUCCUGGACAACCAAAUAACAUUAUGCAAAAUAGCCCCGGAAGGCUGGAGUGAGCAGCCACAGAAGACCUCCUCAAGAGCCUUCACCCUCUUUCUGAGGAUCAAGUUCUAUGUCAGUCACUAUGGGCUGCUCCAGCAGAGCUGGACAAGACAUCAAUUUUACCUGCAGCUUCGAAAAGACAUCCUAGAGGAGAAGAUGUACUGCAAUGAUGAGAUGCUGCUACAGUUGGGGGUCCUAGCCUUGCAGGCUGAGUUUGGCAGUUACCCUGAGGAGCAGGUAGAGAGGAAAGCCUAUUUUCGAGUUGAAGAUUACAUCCCAGCAAGUCUGAUUGAGAGGAUGACUGCUCUCAGGGUCCAAGUCCAAGUCUCAGAGAUGCACCGUCUCAGUCCUGUGCUCUGUGAAGAGGAUGCUGAGUUGGAGUUCUUGAGGGUCACUCAGCAGCUCCCAGAAUAUGGUGUGCUAGUUUAUCAAGUUCUCCCAGAGAAGACAAGGCCAGAAGGGGAAAUGGCCUUGGGGAUCUGUGCCAAGGGUGUCAUAAUAUAUGAAGUGAAAAACAACAGCAGAAUUGCAACUUUACGAUUUCAGUGGAGAGAAAUUGGGAAGAUUUCAACUUAUCGAAAGAAGUUUACCAUCACAAGCAGCAUCACUGGGAAAAAGCACACGUUUGUCACAGAUUCGGCUAAGACUUGUAAAUAUUUACUGGGCCUCUGCUCUGCCCAGCAUAGCUUUAAUGCUCAGAUGAAUGCUCCCCGAGUUGCAUCUGACUAUAAUAAGUGUAUGCAAAUGGUCAAUAUGAGUCGUUCAUACCUGGCCCAGUCCAAGCCUCUCACCUGGAUUCAGAGAUUGUCGUGCUCAGAAAAUGUUCUGUUCACACCCAGGCAGAAGGACACUGUAGGAGGCCUGCUGUGCACAUCAUUGGACAAUUUCACCAUGGAUACCAGCAGGGAGACUGGCGCACUAGCAAUCAGUGGCAGCCCCAGCACUGGCCAGGAGCAGCUGGAGAACAUCUGUUUGAUCCAGAAGCCAAUGACUUGUGGCCCUUUCUCUGGGCAGUCUAUUCAGAGUAUGUGCACAGGUAUGGGCCAGGUGAAGAGAAAGAGUUUCACAGCUGAACUGGAUCGAGAAAUAGUGCAUGUGACACUGAACCGUGAUCCACAUCGUGGUUUUGGUUUUGUCAUUAAUGAGGGAGAAGAUGUGGGAAAAGUUGAUCCUGGGAUCUUUAUAUCCUCUAUUAUACCUGGAGGACCAGCUGAAAAGGCUAAAAAGAUCAAACCAGGGGGACAGAUACUAGCCUUGAAUCACAUCAGUCUGGAGGGCUUCACGUUUGACAUGGCUGUUAGAAUGAUUCAGAAUUCUCCUGACAACAUAGAAUUAAUCAUUUCUCAGUCAAAAGGUAUUUGUGGAAAUACCUCAAGAGAGGGGAAGAAUAACAUGGCCAGUUCUGGGGUCUUCUCUACAGACAACCUGAGCAAUAGGCACCAGGGAAGUUUUUUAUCAUACACACAAGACCAGGAGAGAAAUAUUGAAGAACUAGAGAUGACUCAGACUCAGAGCUUACUGUCCAGGCAGAGGCCUCAGCUGUCCAUUCUCCCAUUAAAGGGUGCUGGUUCUUCUUGUCUUCCAUCAUCUUCAGAAGCCAAUGCCGGUGGGAUCUACUUUGUGGAACUGGCUAAAGAAGAUGGGACAUUUGGAUUCAGUAUAACUGGUGGCGUUAACACAAGUGUGCUCUAUGGAGGGAUCUACAUAAAAUCCAUCGUUCCUGGAGGACCAGCUGCCAAGGAAGGACAGAUCCUUCAGGGUGAUCGGCUCCUACAGGUGAAUGGAGUGAGUAUGUGUGGCCUCACCCACAAGCAGGCUGUGCAGUGCCUCAAGGGCUCUGGGGAGGUUGCAAGACUGGUCUUAGAGAGAAGAGGCCCCAGGACUGCACAGCAGUGUCCUGUUAAUAACAGGAUGGGAGAUGAAUGCAUGGCUGUUUCCUUGGCAACAGCCUUGCCUGGCAGACCUGCAAGCUGUGUCUCAGUGACAGAUGGUCCUAAGUUUGAAGUCAAACUGAAAAAGAAUGCUAGUGGUUUGGGAUUCAGUUUUGUGCAAAUGGAGAGAGAGAGCUGCAGCCGCCUCAAGAAUGAUCUUGUGAGAAUUAAGCGGCUCUUCCCAGGGCAGCCGGCUGAGGAGAAUGGGGCCAUUGCAGCUGGUGACAUUAUCCUGGCUGUGAAUGGAAGGUCCACAGAAGGCCUCGUCUUCCAGGAGGUGCUCCAUUUAUUGCGAGGGGCCUCACAGGAAGUCACGCUCCUGCUUUGCCGACCCCCUCCAGGUGUGCUGCCUGAGAUGGACCAGGGAUGGCAGACACCUGAGCUCUUGGCAGACAAAGAAUUUACCAGGGCAACAUGCACUGACUCAGAGCAGAGCCCCAGCAUGGAUCAAGAGGACAGCUGGAGGGACAGUGUCUCCCCAGAUGCAGGGGAUGGCCUGGGUCUCAAGCUAGAGUCCUUCCAACAGGCCACCAGAGAAGCACAAUGGGACCACGACAUAGAGAGACCCUGGGCUACUUCUCUGAUGCGUCCUGGGGAUUCUCACCCUCAUUUAUGCAGACUGUACCAGGAAGUCGAUUCUGGAGCAUCAGCUACAUGUUUGGAAAAAGAUGUGAGGCAAAACUGCUAUUCAGUUUGUGAUAUCAGGAGACUUGAAAGAUUUUCCUACUCAUCAUCUCUAACCAGCCUUUCGACAGAUAUUUUCUGAGCACUUUUCUCUGAAUGAUUGAAACUGUGUGAAAUACUCUUCUGUCCGCAUCGACUGCUCUUUCUAAUCAAAAAGCAUGCAUGGUGACCUUGGGUAGCCUCUAGAAG